GGCUGUGCUGUGCAUGGGGAAGUCACCGUCCCUGCUGUGCCCCCAGCCCCGUGCCCGUUGGGGACCCGUCUUGUCCCACAGCAUGUCCCUGCCACGUGCCGUGGCUGGACCAGGAGGUCAAGCAGAGGGAAGGGAGACUGAGGCUGGGAAGGAGACGCUGCGGUCACCUGCACUUCUCCAUGCCAAGGCAUCAAGGAUCAGUGGGGCCACAGCCUCCCCACUCCCCGGUAGCCCCGUGACCACCACGGCUCCGCCGGGCUUCCUCAGUGGCUUCGCUGGCCGCAUCCCAUUACCCAGAUGGGCGCUCAUUGCCGUGGCGCUGGUGGUGGCUGUUCUCCUCCUCCUCUUCCUCAUCUGCAUCAUCAGGUGCUGCUGUGCCAAGAAGAAGCCUAAGAAGAAGGAGAAAGUCACCCUGCAUACCCUCAGCAGCUCCACCACAGCCAGCCUUGUCCAGCCCGAGAUGGAGGACCUGGAGCUGGGCCCGGAGCAGAUGGGGCGAGGAAAGCUGCAGUACUCGCUGGAGUACAACUUCCACGCGCAGGAGCUGAAGGUCGGCGUGAAGCAAGCAGCUGAUCUGAAGGCCAUGGACAACAGGGGCACGUCUGACCCUUAUGUUAUCGUCUACCUGACGUCUGAUAUGAGGAAGAAGUAUGAGACCAAGGUUUACCGCAAGACCCUGAGCCCUGUCUUCAAUGAGAGCUUCACUUUCCAGCUGCCCCAGGCGGAGGUGUCCGAGUCCACACUGGUGAUGCAGAUCCACGACUUCAACCGCUUUGCCAAGCACGACACCAUUGGUGAGGUCCGCCUGCCACUGGCCAGUGUCAACCUGCAGCACGUCAUCGAGCAGUGGAGCGACCUGGCAGUGGCCAGCAAAGUCAAGCAAGAGCAGCUGGGAGACAUCUGCUUCUCGCUGCGCUAUGUCCCCAGCACCGGCAAGCUGACGGUGCUCAUACUGGAAGCCAAGAAGCUGAAACGGAUGGACUCCCAUGGGCUGGCAGAUCCCUUUGUCAAGGUGCAUCUCAUCCUGAACAGGAAGAAAUGGAAGAAGAAGACAACAAGUGUGAAGAAAAACACCUUGAGCCCUUACUUCAACGAGGUGUUUGUCUUUGAGGUGCCUUUCAAUCAGAUUCAGAAUGUGGAUGUUGUCAUCUCCAUCUGGGACUACGACAGAGUGACCAAGAACGAGCCCAUCGGCAAACUCUUCCUGGGCUGCCGGGCCACGGGCAACCAGCUGCGGCACUGGUCCGACAUGCUGGCCAACCCGCGCCGGCCCCUGGCCCAGUGGCACAGCCUGCAGCCCGCCGACGUGGUGGACAAAGCCCUGGGGCUGAAGUCCCACCUCAAGCUGCCCCUGGCCACCAGAUAGAGGGGCUGAGAGCCCCAAAUGGGUUGAGGGCUCUUCUUGGCCAAGAGGGGAGCUGGCUGCUGGUGCAGCUCGUGCCCUGGGCAAUGCAGAGCAGGGCAGAUCUGCACCGGGGGGAUGCUGGAGGGGAUGGUGUGGACGCAGAUCUGGCUAAUCCCAGCCCCUCGCAGGUAGGGGGACAAAUACAGAAAGACUCAUGG